AUGGGGUACUUGUACUUUAAAGAUUAUAUUAUAAAUAAUAAUGCAAAAUUCGAUCCAGACAAGGAUAAAGAUAAUAGAAAUCAAAUCAAAACAACAAUCGGAACUGGUAAUAUUGGUUCAAUAAAAGUCAAUUUCACACAAAAUACAAUCACAUGGAGUGGUAACAUAUAUCCAUAUUAUACCACAGAAAAAGAAUGUUCAUAUAAAUACCAUGAACAUGGAAUAUGUGAUAAAACAACAGGUACAUUUGCAAAUAAGCAAUCAACAACUAACUUUACAGAUGAUCAAAUUAAAAGAAUUGGAAGUGAAAUGAGUGAUAUUAGUUAUGAUUUGGUAGAAGGAAUUAAAGUUUGCACCCUUGAUGAAACAAUAUAUACAUAUAUCUUAGAUUCAGAUUCAAAUGAGAAACAUAUUCAAAAUAAUAAUAAAUCUCCAGUUAUGUGUAUACCUCGUAAACCUCAUGCAAAUAGACUUUUAACCUAUAUGGUUGGAACCUUUUUAGAACGUAUUCAUUUUUCAUCCCUAAAAAAGCCCCGUAUCAAAAUCUUGAAGAGGUUUUUAAACGAGUUAGAUAAUGAAAUUACUCCCUCAAGUCGUGUUGAUCACUUAUUAGAAACUUAUAAAGAUCUUAAAUUUGAUUUAGUUGGUGAUAGUGCAUUUUUUCCCAAAGAUAAUUUAAAUCAUAUUGUAAAUAAAGAUUGGUUGGCAACAAUUUCAGAUUCCUCAAGUAGCAACAUUAACACAAUACUCAAAGAUACAUUAAAAGAUGAGAAAAGUUGGAUUGCAAUUGAACUUGAUGGUUAUUAUAAAGUUUGUAAAAUUGAUGAAAGAGACGAAAAAGUUCCUACAUUUAAAUCAAUUGCAACUGGUUUUAAAACUCAAAAUCGUAUAGUUAAUCCAAGCAAAUGUUAUAAUAAUAGUGAUGCAGUGGAUCUUUAUAAAUUAAAUAAUUCAACUUUAGAGAAAUUAUGUUUAGGUUUAGGUGUUUCAAGAUCAAGUAGUAAUAAGAGAAUGGUUAUGUCAAUUUGUGCUCCUGCUCAAUCAACAUGUGAAGGUUACAUUUUAGCUAAAAUUUAUUUUUAUUCAUCCACAAGUCCUGUAUUUUAA